GAAGAAGUCCGUCAACCCCCUCUAUCAUAACAACAGCUCUAGAAGCGAAGCAUAUGUCUAAACUCUUAAAGAGAUUUUUGUUUUUUAGCCAAAACUGAUGAGUGUUGGGAGUCGGUCUGCGUUUACUGCAGCAAAGCCAGAUCACACUAACCCCAACUGGCUGCGUCUGGGCCUAGCGUUCGGGACCUCCGCUUUCCUCUGGGGCCUGUAGUAGUGCCACGGCGACAGAUGUCGUCGCUCCCCGGUGGUACUGGUGAUAACAUCAUCUACGCCCUGCUGUGUGGUGGGGCCUUUGCUGGAGCCGUCGCCUACACGUACACCACCGUGACCACAGACCACGCCAGAUUCACCGACCGUGUUGCGGAUAUCAACGCUCGUCCCAAGACCGAGUGGGUUCCCAAACCAUGGCCCCCCAAGAGCAAGGAUGAGGAAGAGGAGGGUGAGGAAGCAGCAGCCGAUGGAGGGGAGGAGGAAGCAGAGGAGGUGGCUGAGGGAGACGAGGAGGCUGUAGCGGCGGAAAACGUAGCAGAACCUGCUGAAGAGGCUGAUUCAAUCUCUGAAGAACCUGCUGUGGCGGCAGCAGUAGAGGAAGUGGCUGCAGUAGAAGCAGAGACUGUGGUGGAGGAGAUCGCAGAGGCUAUUGCCGAGGCUGCUGAAGUCAUCGCCGAGAUCGCAGAAGAGGUUGUCGAGGUGGCAAAGGAAGUGGAGGGUGCAGCAGAGGAAGUGGUCAAAGUGGAGGAGGCUGCCAUUGCCAUGCCCGCCAUCGCCGAGGAGGCAGUUGCUGUGGCAGAACUGGAGAGCAAUGUGGCACCAGUGGCUAUGGCAGCAGCCUCUGCUUUGGCGGUGACAACAGUCACUGAAGUGGUUGUGCCUGUUGUAGAAGUCAAGGAGGCUGCCCCAGUGGAGGCCCCAGCUGCAGAAGAAGCAGCCCCAGUUGAGGCUGCACCAGUAGAAGAGGCCCCAGCUGCAGUCGAACCUCCAGUUGAGAUUGUCCCAGCUGAGGUUAUGGAGGUUGAGCCAGCUCCCAUAGAGGCCCCAGCUGCAGUAGAGGCUUCAGUCGAGACCGCACCCGUAGAGGAGGCUCCAGCUGCAGUCGAAGAAGUUCCAGUUGAGGCUGCCGCAGCAGAGAUUGUGGAGGCGGCAGAGCUUGCACCUGUGGAGGCGGCAGAGCCUGCACCAGUGGAGGCGGCAGAGCCUGCACCAGUGGAGGCGGCAGAGCCUGCACCAGUGGAGGCGGCAGAGCCUGCACCAGUGGAGGCGGCAGAGCCUGCACCAGUGGCGGCGGCAGAGCCUGCACCAGUGGCGGCGGCAGAGCCUGCACCAGUGGAGGCGGCAGAGCCUGCACCAGUGGCGGCGGCAGAGCCUGCACCAGUGGCGGCGGCAGAGCCUGCACCAGUGGCGGCGGCAGAGCCUGCACCAGUGGCGGCGGCAGAGCCUGCACCAGUGGCGGCGGCAGAGCCUGCACCAGUGGCGGCGGCAGAGCCUGCACCAGUGGAGGCUGCUCUAGUUGCGGUGGCAGCACCUGCUAAGGAGUAUAUUGUAGUGGUGCUGGAGGGAGCGGCCAAGUCAGACAAGAGGCCCAAAGUCCUGGGGGUUGGCCCCAUGACCGGCAGGAUUAUCCCAGACGAAGAUGAGGCCCCUGCUGCUGAGCUAACAGGGCAAGCGACAGCUGCUUAGGAUGCAGAUGCAGUAGAACCAACUGACAGUAAGCACUUGGAGCCCCUGGAUGAAACAUCUCUACCCUGAGGAAGAAAAGGGAUGUGUCUUCCCCCACCCUUUAACCCUCCCACACACUUUGACCCCUAACCCCUGACAGUCGACCCUUGAUAUUUAUCUGUAGUAUAAAACUUGUUGUCUCCCCGUCUUGGUUCAGGGAAUUGUCUGUGUAUAUAUUCAGUUAAUGCCUGCUUUAUGGAAACAAACAUCUGGUAUAUUCUUCUAGACGUACUCCACCUGUUCCAAGAAGAGGUACAUCUUCCUAUUGUAUCACAUCGGAGUCGUUUAGAAAUGGUCCCUCUAUAUAGGCUUCACAACUGAACCUGUGACACUGCAGAAAGUCAGUCAUAUAGUACAAUACGUUACCUUUAGAUGCGCGCAGUCACAAAACACCUGGGAGUUUACUACUGGUUAAUCUGCACAACCUUUACAAGGAGACUGUAUUUCUUUCAAUGGGAGUUCUAUUUUCUUAGUUUUCAGCAUGGGUACAGCUGUGAAGGCUAAGGAUACUCUCACAGCAUAGUAUGUCAUAGUUUACUUCAACUAAGGAACCUCACAGUAGAUUCACUCCAAUGGUGUUUUCUGAUUCUCACCAUCCAACGCAAUAUUACACAUCUGAUGCUCAGCCAGCAAUUGCGUCAUGGCCUGGCAGGAAUGUGACCAGCAUUCUUUAACUAGCCUCAUGUUUUUCCUCUUUGGGCUGAUUCCAAUGUGAACAUCACAAGUAUUUAACUCUCAAAGGGAAUGCGAUCAGAUGGCUUUUGUAAAUCACUGGCUUGUUCUUGGGAGACCAGAUCCAUUAGGAUAACUUACCACCUCAGUAUUCCUCCUCUUUUCCUCCAGCUUGUGAUCCACAGACCUUUUACUAAUGCAGUGUUACAGUUGAAUAAACCUCAGUUGCAAGCCAGACAUGGGAUUCAUAUUGGGAAACGAGCAUGACGACGAGUCAGUCAGGUUUUUACACUCGGUGAUGUCUCUUCAAGCUAGACUCCAUAGCGUAGUCCAUGAUGUCACUCUUCAACAUUUCAUAAGGCAGAGAUUUCAUCUCUUUACUUUCUCCCUCCCCCUCUGUUGUAGAGCCUUUCUCUCAGCUCUGCACCAUGGCUAUAGAAUACACAGCUGUUAGAUAGUCAAUUAAUUUAACAGUGACCCUCUCUAUAGCUUAUUGUGGUGAAAAGCUGUAUCUGAAAUAGGAAAAGCCAUGAUUUGAGUGUAUAGCAUGUUUUCCUAGCCUGGUAUAAACAGUUUAGUGUUGUGCUUGUUAUCAUAUGAAAGUAGAUUUUUUUUACACUGCAGUCAGGCUUGUGUGGUGGUAUGUUAAUUCAGUGCUUGAUAUGGCUCAGUUUUUUUUCUGCUUUUCAAAGUAGAUGACUUACUAGUUAGUUUAGAUUCAUAAAUACAUGUUCAUAACUUUGUCAGAACCAGUUAAAAUCAUCUGCAGGUCAUACAAGGCUCUCACUGUAGGCAUACUCUACUUAUUUGUUGUAGGCCUAGUUUUCUUCUCACUUUCCUCACGUAUUAUAUUUUAUUUUUUGCUAUGUUAGGCAUAUUUCAAAAGGUACCGAGACCAUUGAUAAGAAGUGAAUGUAGGAUAAUUCCUAAUUUAAGGAGUGGGAUAAUUCAGUGUGUCUGUCCUAAUGUUUGCAGGCAGGUUUUUAAUGGGCUAUAUAUAAUGGCUUGUUCUGUCCUGUGAGUGGAUGGCUUCACGCUGCGCACUGGCCUAGCAUGGGCUACAAACUGUGAUUAUUUUAAACAUUGCUGUUUUUCUGAACUAAAUGAAUAUUUCAGUGUU